AUGCUGCCGCACGUCACCGACAAAGAAAACGUCGACGCCGCCGCCAUUUCAAGCGCGCCGAAGAAGCCUGAUGGCUCGCCCGCCUGUGCAUCAAGAACCAGCAGAGGACCGACAGCCGACCCGACAACCUUCGACAACGCUACGUCAAAGCAAAGGGCAAAGAGUAAAAGCAAAGCAGAGCAAAGAGCGUACAGCACAGAGCAAAGCAGCAAAGCACAAAGUAAAGCAAGAAGUGCAGAGCAAAGUGCGCUGCAGAGCAAGGAGCGCAGAGCAAAAGCAAACAACAAAGAGUUCAGAGCAAUCAGCAAAACAUAAAGAGCCAAGCAGAACAAAGAGCAAAGCAUAAAGCAGAGGAAAGAUGGCUGGAGCGCAGCUCGAAGCACAAAGCAGAACAAAGUGUGCAGAGCAGAGCAAAUAGCGGCGGGGUCGGCGGAGAGCGAGCCGUUGACAGGAGACCACAUGAUGGACGUGACCGAGGCCGAGGAAGCGGCCAAGGGAGCCGGAAACGGCAAUGCGGUGGCAGAAGCGAGCGGGAUGACGACGCCGACUAAAGGAGGACCGAAUAAUGUCCCUCCUUCAAACGAGCCAGAAGCAACACUAGACAGCGUCAUUGCGUCCCAGAAAGAACGUGAGAGCCGCCAGCCGGCUACUGAUACUACGGAGGCAGCGGAAAACGACAACACGACCCCUGCUAGCGCCCGCCUCGAAAGCGUCUCGGCACCGGUCAAGAGGUCCCUGCAGCAGGAGGAGAAAGUCGACGAAAAGGCCAGUGGUUCUACAGUGCUCUCGGAUUAA